GCCGUCCCUCCGCGUGGAUGUAUUUAUCGCAUUUUGGCCUCACCAAUGCCCCCACGACUUUCCAAGCAGCUAUGACUACGGAGUUUCGCGACUUGCUCGAUCGCAGCGUCCUCAUCUACCUCGAUGACAUCUUGGUUUACAGCAGGACGUUGGACGAGCAUAUCGUACACCGUCGCGCUGUUUUGGAUCGUUUGGGACUGGCCAAGUACAAAGCGAAUCUCUACAAGUGCGAGUUCGCCAAGCAGGAGCUUGAGUACUUGGGUCACUAUGUCACGCCGAAAGGCAUUCGUCCCUUAGCGGACAAGAUCCAAGCCAUCGUGGAUCGGCCGAAACCCCGUUGCACGACGAAUGUACGCUCUUUCAUGGGUUUGGCUGGAUAUUAUCAGCGAUUCGUCGAGUCAUACUCGAAAGUGGCCGCYCCUUUGUCGAGACUUCAGUCCCCGAAGUUGCCCUUCAAGUUCGACGACGCAGCCCGUGGCGCGUUCCCUAUGUUGAAGGCAGCGAUGCAAGCCGCACCUGCCCUCCAUAUAUACGACCCCACCCUUCCUACCCAAGUGAUUACGGACGCUUCGGGAUACGGUAUUGGUGCGGUGUUGGAACAGUGUCACGAGGACGGUUGGCAUCCGGUCGAGUAUUUCUCCCAAAAGGUGCCUCCCGUCAACACUCUAGACGACGCUAGGAAGAAAGAGCUACUCACAUUUGUCACCGUUCUCAAACGGUGGAGCCACUUUCUUCUCGGCCGUCGACGUUUUAAAUGGAAUACGGACAACAAUCCGUUGACCUUUUAUAAAACGCAGGAUACGGUCACUAGCACGAUCGGUCGAUGGAUGUAUUACAUCAACCAGUUCGACUUUGACCCAUGCCACAUUCCCGAUCCCGCCAAUCGAGUUGCGGACGCCCUCUCACGACGGCCCGAUUUUUGUGCCAUUGUGACCACGACAUUCAACCUCGAUGUCGAUCUGCAGCCGCAUUUCAUCAAAGGCUACAAGUCCGAUCCGACUUACUCCACGCUCUACGCGGAGCUUUCAUCGGAUCACCCGCCGACUAGCCAUUAUCGGAUUUCCGACGGAUUCCUUCUCCUUCACACGAGAGGAAAGGACUUGUUAGUUGUGCCCCAAGAUCGCAUCUUACAGACUUGUCUUUUUGGCGAAUUCCACGACACACGACUUUCGGCACACGUUGGCGUAAACCGCACAUUAACACGCCUCCGCCAGCGUUUUCACUGGCCCGACGUCCUUCAUGACGUCACGAGGUACAUUGAGUCAUGUGCAGUUUGCCACCGUAACAAGGGUCGAUCUCGAGUCCCCUUCGGCGAAUUGAAACCGUUACCGAUUCCUCGGGCACUGCGCCUCUCCAUUGCUAUGGACGUGACAGGCCCGUUCCCCCGCGAUCGCCUCGACCAUUACGGUAUUCUCACGGUCGUUGACCGUUUGAGCAAGUAUGCUCGCUUCCUYCCUUGCAAGUAUCAUGCUGCAGCGCCUGAGCUCGCACGACUCUUGCACACCGGUCGGAUUACCAACCAGGGUGUUCCGGAAGACAUAGCCGCCGACAUAGACGUCCCUUGCUAUCCCGCUUCCGUACGGAAGUACCGGGACUUGCUGAUCAAAGCCCGCGCGAAUAUGCAAAAGGCUCAAAUCCGCAUGCAGCAGCAAGCUAACCGACGUCGACUUUCAUGUCCUUUCCGCGAGGGAGACCUUGUUUGGGUCCUCUCCGAGGAAUUUGCGCUUGAGCAGGAUGUUUCGCGCAAACUCCUUCCAAAAUGGUUCGGACCAUGGGAGGUCACUUCUGCCGUUGGAGACGACCCCGCAGGUCCUUCCUUUGUGGUCAACAUUUCUCUGCACGUUCUAGUGCACCAGGUCUUCCACGCGUUGAAGCUGGCCAUCUACACGCCACCUUUUGCCGACGAGUUUUCCGGCCGACGAUCACAGGAUCCGCCUUCUAUGGACGGACAUCAGGAAGUGGACCGAGUCAUCACGCACCGCAAGUAUGGCAACAAGCCAAUGCAGUUCAAAGUCACAUUCAAGCAAUGUGCGCCUGGCGACACUUGGUGGAUCUCUAGUGCAGACUUGCAGACUUCUGCACCCCUUAUCUUCGCCGACUAUGAGAAGCGACGCCUUGCCAAGGAAGCAGCUCGUCCCGUUCGACCCACCCCGGCCUUGAAAAGAGCUGAAGCAAUCUGGAAGCGAAGAAAAUGUCACAAGCUCUUUCACGCCUUCAUCGAGGGUGCAUUGGCAUGCCGUGAGUCAGCGCUGUGCCGCAAUUUCUCCAAGGAGCACAGAAGACGGGUGGUUAUCCGGCAGGCACUGAGACAUUGGAGAAAAAUGCUACAGGACAAAAGUGGGCAGCAAAUUGGAGAGAGGCGAUUGAGAGAGAGGUGCAGAUGGAGGUUGUUGAGGAGAGGAAUGCGAGCAUGGAGGGAAUAUCACAUUCGGAAAAUGUGGACGAAUUUCGUGGAAGAGAGGGCUUCCCGAUUAUGGCAGGGGAGAAUGGCAGGGAGAGCAUUGCGGGCAUGGAAAAGAAGAGCGGCUCGGAAGAGAGAUGGAGUGGAAAGGCUAUGGUUGCUGCGGAGAAGUUUGACGCUUAGUGAGGCAUACCGGUUGUGGAAGAUGUGGGCAGAGAAGGCGAGGAGGUUACGACAUGAUCUAGCUGUUUUCUCAAAGAGACAUCAGAAACGAGUGAAACGAAGAGCAUUUGGCCAAAUGAAAGACGCAGUAUGGGCAGCUAGGGUGAAGGAGGAUCGCGUGGAGAGGAUGAUUCAGAAGCUGGAAAGGAGAACCAUAAGGAGUGUCUUCCAAGGAUGGGGCCACAGAGUCAAAGUGCAAAAAGCCAUACGAGAAAGUGCCAAUCGAGUCAAAGAGAGGAGGAGGAGGAGGAGCUUGGCGAUGAGCUUUCAGGGUUGGAUCAAUGUUUGGGCCCUUAGAGCUUUAUCAGCUAAUGCAGCCAAGAAGCAAAUGGAGAAAAUAAGGAGGUGGCGAUCGUUAACAAUGCAAGCUGUGCAAGGAAAGGCAAAGGAAGAAGUCAUGAAAAUGGCUCAGCAGGUUGAUUGUGCAAAAGCGGAGCUUUCGAUAGCACAGGGCAUGGCAACAAGUCUGAAAAAAUUGAUUGAACAAGUGGAAGAAGAUCGCGAGAGGCUCCAGAAAGUAGCCGACAUUGCGGCGUUGCGCAUGCCAUCUUGGAGAUCAGGCAUGCUCGAAGUUGAAAUCUGUUGUCGGAGACCCCAAAUUAAAGGCGCGUCUAACAGCGUUGACAGGGACCGGGACCGGGACCGGGACCGGGACUUGGAUAAGGCAGAGAAUAAUGUGAAUGGGACGACAGCGUCGACAGGGACCGGGACCUAUGUACAAGAGAACCAACAUGGAAAAGAAGGUGGCCCUUCAGAGCAACCAGAGGUUGCAGACCAAACAGCUGCUGCGAUUCCUGCACCUCGGGGAGGGCACUCUGCUGUGAAUGUCCGGUUAGAGGAUCAGGAAGGCCGGACGGACAGCAUUGUGAUCUAUGGCGGGUAUGACGGGAGGACGUGGUUUGAUGAUGUGCAUGUACUCCACACAGAAGAAGAGGUGCGAUGGUCCAAUCUACCCAGUCAUGCCACUGGUGGUAGUUGUGUACCCUGUGCCCGGACGAAUCAUGCUGCCUGUGCAUUUUCCGAUCGCCGCAUCUUGGUAUUUGGUGGUUAUGAUGGAAGUAAGGAGCUGGGAGAUCUGAAUGUUUUGACGAUAUCUCCGAAAGGGGGUAAGUCUCCAAUCACAUCAAGUUUUGAGUCUUUUGACCAUGCAAAGCCCUUCUUGUACCUCUGGUCACCCCCAGGAAAAGGACGCAGUGAAAGGCAAAACUGAUUGGUGAAAUCGACAGAACUGGAGCAGCCACAAAACAGAACUCAAAUGCAAGGGCUAGCAAUUGAGUAGAAGAACCAAUGAGCCGGAACAAUGAGCGGCAAAUAAUUGAAGAAGUAAUAAUGUAAUAAAAAUUUAAAAAUAGU